AUGAACGACCCAGCCGCAAGAACAGCUGACCGCUCCCUCAUCACCCAGCUCACAGGCCGCUCUGGACUCGGCCUCGAGCGCACGGGGCCUUCGCCCGAGUUGCGGCUUCCAGAGCGGCAGGCGGAGAGCACCGAAUGCAGAGAAACGGCUUGGAAGAUGCCGGUGACGCCGCAGAGGCAGCACAGCGGUCUGGAGAAGGUGUUCGCCAGCCUCCCCCAGGUGGAGAGGGGCGUCUCCAAAAUCAUCGGCGGCGACCCCAAGGGCAACAAUUUUCUCUACACCAAUGGAAAGUGCGUCAUCCUGAGGAACAUCGACAACCCGGCGGUCGCCGACAUCUACACGGAGCACGCCCACCAGGUGGUGGUGGCCAAGUACGCGCCCAGCGGCUUCUACAUCGCCUCCGGAGACGUGUCUGGGAAGCUGCGCAUCUGGGACACCACGCAGAAGGAGCACCUCCUCAAGUACGAGUACCAGCCCUUCGCCGGGAAGAUCAAGGACAUUGCCUGGACGGAAGACAGUAAGAGGAUCGCCGUGGUCGGGGAAGGAAGGGAGAAGUUUGGCGCCGUCUUCCUGUGGGACUCCGGCUCUUCAGUGGGCGAGAUCACAGGCCACAACAAAGUCAUCAACAGUGUGGACAUCAAGCAGAGCAGGCCGUACCGGCUGGCCACGGGCAGCGACGACAACUGCGCCGCCUUCUUUGAGGGGCCACCCUUCAAGUUCAAGUUCACCAUCGGUGACCACGGCCGCUUCGUCAACUGUGUGCGAUUCUCUCCUGACGGAAACCGAUUUGCCACAGCCGGUGCCGACGGCCAGGUCAGUUGGAGUCCUGACAGCACCCACCUGCUCUCCGCCUCCGGAGACAAAACCUCUAAGAUCUGGGACGUCAACGUGAACUCGGUGGUCAGCACGUUUCCCAUGGGCUCCAACGUGCUGGACCAGCAGCUGGGCUGCCUGUGGCAGAAGGACCACCUGCUCAGCGUCUCGCUGUCCGGGUACAUCAACUACCUGGACAGGAACAACCCCAGCAAGCCCCUGCGCGUCAUCAAGGGCCACAGCAAGUCCAUCCAGUGCCUGACGGUGCACAGAAACGGCGGCAAGUCCUACAUCUACUCUGGGAGCCACGACGGGCACAUCAAUUACUGGGACUCGGAGACGGGGGAGAACGACUCCUUCGCAGGGAAGGGCCACACCAACCAGGUGUCCAGGAUGACCGUGGAUGAGUCGGGGCAGCUGGUGAGCUGCAGCAUGGACGACACGGUGCGCUACACCAGCCUGGUGCUGAGGGACUACAGCGGUCAGGGGGUCGUGAAGCUGGACGUCCAGCCCAAGUGUGUGGCCGUGGGCCCCGGAGGGUACACCGUGGUCGUGUGCAUCGGGCAGCUCGUGCUGCUCAAGGACCAGAAGAAGUGCUUCAGCAUCGACAACCCCGGCUACGAGCCUGAGGUCGUGGCGGUGCACCCCAGCGGGGACACGGUGGCUGUCGGGGGCUCGGAUGGGAACGUCCGCCUCUACUCCAUCCUGGGCACCACGCUGAAGGACGAGGGCAAGCUGCUGGAGGCCAAGGGCCCCGUGACCGACCUGGCCUUCUCCCACGACGGCGCCUUCCUCGCCGUGUGUGACGCCAGCAAAGUGGUCACGGUCUUCAGCGUCGCUGACGGCUACUCGGAGAACAACAUCUUCUACGGACACCACGCGAAGAUCGUCUGCCUGGCCUGGUCCCCAGACAACGAGCACUUCGCCUCCGGCGGCAUGGACAUGAUGGUGUACGUCUGGACCCUGAGUGACCCUGAGACCAGGGUCAAGAUCCAAGACGCCCACCGGCUCCACCACGUCAGCAGCCUGGCCUGGCUGGACGAGCACACGCUGGUCACCACCUCCCACGACGCCUCCGUCAAGGAGUGGACAAUCGCCUACUGAGGGACGGGCCGAAUCAGGGACUCGAGUUGACCCGCGCUGAGCACGUCCUUUCUCAAACUCUUCCUGUACCGCGCCGCCCCCACCCACUCCCGGCGGGAGGGGCCCAGCCGAAAUCAUCCUCGUCUCUACAGGGUUCCGGCCUAUACAUGUCCUUUGAAAGCUUUAGACAGUGACAGUUUGCACAAGAAAAAUAAAGCGAGCACUUACACUGCGUGGGGGGUCACUCGCGACCGCGGCGCCGCGCGAGCACCG